AUGGUUAAGCCCCUGAUGAACCCUAUGGUAUUACCUGAGCCUUCUGCUAAGCCCACCACACCCAAACCAACCAGUCGGGGCAAAAAGCGAUGCCAUAAUGGUCAACAAACUACCCCUGUUGAGCCAUGGGAUUCUGCUUCCUCUGCAGUGGUCUGGUCGACACCCAGGAAGCUGGCAGAGCUCAGCGGUCAACUGCACUUAUACACCCAACUCGACAAUGAUACCAGCACUCAACGGCUGCUGUUCAGGAAGGUGAAAAAAGGCUUCACAGAGCAGGCCUGGCAACUGGCAGCUGCCCAGCAGCAGCUGGCUCACCUGAGGGCUCAAGUUACCAACGCUGCAGUUAGGAAGAGGAAGACUGUUCAGAUCGAUCCCAACACGAAGUUUGCGAACAUCAGGGAUAUCCAUCGGGCUCAAAUCGAAGCGGGUGAAAAGGAGGUUAUUACGGCUGAAUCCAGCGACUCUGAAUGCCCUAGUGAGGCUGGCAGUUGUAUUGUAGUGGGUGUGGUUGAGGAUCAAUAG